AUGGGCAUUGGAGGUGACAUCAGUAGCAGGAGCAACUUCAAGAGCUCUCAAACCAGAUAUGAUAAGGGGACCAGCCCUGGAGUCACCAUCCUUGACUCCUUUUUAGUAAAAAAACUUUUCUCUACCAUCAAGAAACCCGACUACAGCAAACUGGAGAGUCAGACAGUUAUUGUGUCUCCCCAUUUACAUGACCAAUCCUGGAUGUUGGCCAUUCCAGCACCAGAGGUCCUCAGUCCAGCAAUAUGUUAUCCUCUACUAGUCUGGGAUAGUGAGCUGAUCUCUAUCUUCUUUAUGCCCAUGGCAGUGGCUGCUCCUGGACCCCCAGAAGAGCCCAACAACCUGAAUCUGAUUUCUCUGUCCAGUGAUGGUUAUGACAGUGGCAAGGGAUCAGAUCCCCCUAGUCCAGUCUCCCAGGAAGAGAAGGCAGAUAAAUUUUCCUGUGGUCAGCAUCCUGAAUCCUACACUACAUUGCCUAACCCCUCCAAACACCAGCAGCUCCAGCAAAGUGAAGAAACCCAGCCCAGGAAGUCUUUCAGCUGCAAGGUCUGUGAGGAGUAUGUGAGCCUCACGGCCCUCAAAAUGCACAUCCAAAGCCACACAGUGCCCUGUGUCUGCAAGAUUUGUGGGAAGUCCUUCUCCCACACAAGGGAGAAGCCAUUCUCCUUCACACCCUGUAGCCGAGCCUUUGCUGACCACUCCAACCUCAGGGCCCACCUGCAGACCCAUUCAGAUGUCAGGAAGUACCAGGGUAAAAGCUGCUCCCAGACUUUCUCUGGAAUGUCCUUGCAGGAGAUGGGCUAUUCAGUUCCCACUAAAGGACUGAGUACUGAGUGA